ACUGUCACUUUUGUGAUUCGAUCCCAAACAUUCAUCAUUUUUUUGCCAAAAAGUUCUUGUUCGAUCCCUCCCGAAAUUUCGUGAUUAUCAGCCGAAAAGUAAUUUUCUCGCACCUUGGCGAGCUGUAAACCUCGGCUCGGAUGGUUUUCUAGCGAUUGCAGGUAUUUUCGACGCGGAUUGUGACGGAAAAGGGUGGAAUUUUUGCAAUUGCAACUUUGGUGACGACUGCCACCAAGCAGAAGAAGGCGACGACGGAAAAGUUCCAUCUCCCGUGCGUCAACAAAGCAGACAGGCAGGCAGGAAUUCUGUCCGGAGUCCGCCGUCGUCGUCGUUUCGGAUAGAGGCACCGUGAUACGAUCGGAGCAGCAUUGGCGCCGCCGGUGACCGGAGUAAUCGGAGUUCUAUGAACACGGAUAAACCAGGCCAAAUCGACGGCGAUUCCAGCAAGACCGAUGAAGAAUCGUCGUCCUCCGGUCAGAAGCGAACACAAGCUACUCCCCCCUCCGCAAAAGUAGCCCCCCAACUUCCCACAAGGAAAAACUCCAUUGAAGUUGACAACCCUCUUCGAAGCACCACCGCCAGUAUCUGCGAAAACCUGUCCAAGCCCCCAUCGUCAGCAUCGGGCACUGGGUCUGCAAGUUGUUCCACUACAACCGUUAGUUCCGGGCACGACGACAUGAAACGAGCAUCGGCGAAAAAGCUCAUCGAAAGAUAUUUCUACCAGCUGGUGGACGGAUGCGGCAACCCGAAAUGCAACAACAAGUACUGUGCCUCGAGCGGUAAGGUCGAGAAACUUUCUCCGAAUGCGGCCGCCGCCCGAGCUAUUCAGCUUUUCACCCUGGAAGCUGACCUGUGCGACGCGCACCCUUCCAAGGUUCCGAAAACGAUGUCCAGUGCAGCAUCCACUUCGGCGCCCUGUUCAUCUGCAGGAUCUUCGUCGGCUUCCAUCCAGUUGAGUUCGGUGGCGAGGGAAACGGGUGGUAGCAGUGGAAACAUAUCGGCCGGCAGCUCGUCCGGAUCCAGCUCCGGACUGGACGAUUCCAUGGUCAGCACCGAAGCGGGAUCAUCCUGGCGAUUGACCGGAGGUGCUGACAUGGAGGAAACCAACGAAAGUUCGAACCUUGAAAUGGACUCCAUGGAUGAAGAUGAGCCACGCGAAUCAAACGAGCGAAAGAAUCAAAACCACCACUAUGAGGGUGGAGGCGGCAGUGAAACCAGUGCUAAGAUUCCGUAUGCCCUGCGGAGUAGCACUGCCGGGCAGGACAGUAGUUCACCAUUCGCCGGUAGCAGUAGCGCCAAACUCAAACUCUCGGAGCUCGGUUCCACCAGUAGCGGGAAGAAGAAAACUCUUAGCGGUAGUAGCUGCAAAGAAUCAAACAAAAAACAACGAGACUCUUCGCCAGUGGAAUUUCUGGACGAAGCAAAGCUUCAAGAACUGAUUGCUGCGUGCCAGCGUGAAAACACGGACACUCCGUUGAUCCGUACCCUGGGUGCCAUUUUUUCCUCGUACCAAUCGAUAGCGCUAAGUUUCCAAAAAAGACCCUGCUCGAGCAUCGAUGCCAUGCUCGAGAAGGCACCGGACGAUUUGCGAAAUCUCAAGAAAGAAGACCUGCGAACUCUGGAGGGGGAUCUGGACAAGGACGAAGACAGUUCCGCUGAGAAGGUACCGGAAGCCAAGGAAAACCAUCACACGACGGUUGAUCUGGUCAGUUUGCGACGUUCCAUGAAGGCUCUCUACGAGGCGAAAAGUUCCGUCUUUGGACCCAUCAACAAUGCCUUACAAGCGCUCGGGGAGACGCUUAGCAUCGAGCUGCGAGUUCAUCUGACCAAGAAAGAGGACAUCGAACAGGUCAUUUCCGUGUUUGUGAUUGUCUUCGAAGUGCUGCAAAUUGGGACGGCCGAAUUCCUGGAGGUAUCGCUGCCAAGAAUUUGCGCAGCCGUAAGCCACCUGCCGAUCUGGGCGCAGGCGCGAUUAGUGCACAUCUGGUCCGUGCACUGCAAGGAUGGCAUUCAACCGUUGUUGCAGCUGGUGCAACAGCUGGUUACCAUCUCCACUCUUUCGUUGAACUAUUACCGCGACGUGAAGAUACACGACAAUGAGGUCGUCUGUAAUGCGACCAAGGUGAUGAAGCUGGUAUUCUACGCCAACAUUCUGGCCGGCGAGGUGGAUCCCAAGCACUACCGGGAGGCCGAUCUAGGUGACAUCGCACCGCCCACUUAUCUCUCGCUGAUUCCGGAAGAUGACGAACCCCCGCUGUACAACAGCAAAGAGAAGAAAGCCCGACAGCAGAAACUGGAAGACCCCCUUGCGACCGAGUUGGACAUCAACAUCCUGGACUGCCGGAGUCCUCUGGUACCGUACGAGGAGUUCUAUAACGAGCCCCUGUGCGACGUGAUCGAAAUGGAUCACGACUAUUUGAACUACAAAAACAUCACUACCUCGGACGGAGCCUUCUUUGCGGACUCGACCAAAAAGUUUACCUUUAUGCUAUACUCGUUUGUCCUUACGCCGGCCACGAAAACCCUAGCCUUGUACUACGAUUCGCGGAUCCGAAUGUACUCGGAACGGCGGCUGAGCUUCCUGCAUCAGCAGCUAGGAGGAGGCCUACAAAGCGUGAAUCCCUUCCUGAAGCUGAAAAUCCGACGGGAUCAUAUCAUUGAUGACGCGCUGGUCGAGCUGGAGAUGAUUGCCAUGUCCAACCCGAAGGAUUUGAAGAAGCAACUGGUGGUGGAAUUUUCCGGCGAGCAAGGAAUUGACGAGGGUGGCGUUUCGAAGGAAUUUUUCCAACUGAUCAUUGAGGAAAUUUUCAACCCCGACUACGGAAUGUUCGUCAACAUUGAGGACACCAACAUGGUGUGGUUCAAUUCGACAUCGUUUGAAAACGAGGCCCAGUUUACGCUGAUAGGUAUCGUACUGGGGUUGGCGAUUUACAACAACAUUAUUUUGGCCGUGAACUUCCCCAUGGUAGUUUAUCGAAAGCUGAUGGGGAUGAAGGGAUCAUUUGUUGAUUUACGGGACUGGAACCCGGUGUUAUACAACAGUUUGAAAUCAAUCCUGGACCACCAGGACAAUGACAUGGAAGAAGUUUUCAUGCAAACGUUCAAGAUUUGCUACAAGGACGUAUUCGGUAAUGCGUUGGAUCACGAGCUGAAACCAGACGGAGAUAAGAUUUUCGUCAAUCAGGACAACAAACAGGAGUUUGUCGAACUCUAUACGGACUUUUUGCUCAACAAGCACAUCGAGAAACAGUUUAAGGCGUUCAAGCGUGGCUUCCAGAUGGUGACGGACGAAAGUCCGCUGCACCUGCUGUUCCGACCGGAGGAGGUCGAACUGAUUGUGUGCGGCAGCAAGGAGUUCGACUUCAACGAGCUGGAACAGUCGACCGAGUACGAGGGCGGCUUCACGGCCGAGUCGCAGACCAUCAAGGACUUUUGGGAUAUCGUGCACGGGUUGUCCAUGGAUUCGAAACGGAAGUUGCUGCAGUUUACCACCGGUUCCGAUCGCGUUCCGGUCGGUGGACUGAGCCGACUAAAGCUGGUAAUCGCCCGAAAUGGACCGGAUUGCGACCGAUUACCGACCAGCCAUACAUGUUUUAAUGUAUUGCUCUUGCCAGAGUACAGUACCCGGGAAAAGCUCGAGGAACGCCUACUGAAAGCCAUCAACUACUCCAAAGGAUUCGGAAUGCUAUAAUAUUGGAACGAGUUAUAUACCAUAAAAGCUUGCAAACAUUUACUGCAAACUUAUGUUUGAGAAACGAAACAAAACAGAUGAAGAAUACCGCAGGACCAGAAACCCCUUCGUGAAUUGUGAAUGCUCUGAAUGAUUCAAACAACGGAAUGUGAAACAUUUGAUUUAUUUUCUGAUAUUUCCUCGGAUCCGCACGUAAAAAUAUUUUACUUUGUUAUGUCGAUCUCGUGAAUUUGGAUUUUACUACAUGCCUACGGCUGCGAACACUUCCCUGGAUUGACUUUGUAAGAAAUCAUUUUUUUUUACAACUUUUUGUGAGAUCAGAUCUAAAUUUUGCUUUUGCUAAAGCAGUUGUACUUAUUCGAUAUUUUCUAUUUUCCCCAAAAAUAGGUGAAACAAUAAAUUCGAAGAAUGUGCCCGAGCCAUAAAAAAUCUAA